UGAUGGUCGCAAGAUGGCGGCGCUGAAGGAGGCUCGGAGCUACGGGCUGUCCUGCGGGAAGGUGAGCGACGGCAGCAAGGUGUCCGUGUUUCACGUGAAGCUCACCGACAGUGCCCUGAAGGCCUUUGAGAGCUACCGCGCUGGCCAGGACUCUGUGUCACUGAGGCCGUCCAUCCGAUUUGAAGGAAGCCAAGGGCAUAUCUGUGUGCCCCAGCCCGACUGCCCCGAGGAGCUGCGCACCUUCUCCUUCUACCUCUCCAACAUUGGCCGCGACAGCCCCCAGGGCAGCUUCGACUGCAUCCAGCAGUACAUCUCCAGCCAUGGCAACAUCCACCUGGACUGCCUGGGUAGCAUCCAGGACAAGGUCACAGUGUGUGCCACCGACGACUCCUACCAGAAGGCACGGCAGAGCCUGGCGCAGGCGGAGGAGGAGACGCGCAGUAGGGCCGCCAUCGUCAUCAAGGCAGGAGGUCGCUAUCUGGGCAAGAAGGUCCAAUUUCGGAAACCAGCCCCAGGGGCCACAGACAAUGUGCCCUCCCGGAAACGGGCCACACCCAUCAACCUGGCCAGCGCCAUCCGCAGGGGUGGAGCCAGCAGCGUGGCACAGAGACCCUUCCGGGACCGUGUGGUGCACCUGCUGGCCCUGAGGCCCUACCGCAAGGCCGAGUUGCUGUUGCGGCUGCAGAAGGAUGGACUGGCGCCGGCAGACAAGGAUGCACUGGAUGGCCUGCUGCAGCAGGUGGCCAACAUGAGUGCCAGGGAUGGCACAUGCACACUGCGGGACUGCAUGUACAAGGACGUGCAGAAGGAUUGGCCUGGCUACUCUGAGGGCGACCAGCAGCUGCUGAAACGCGUGCUUGUCCGGAAAAUGUGCCAGCCACAGCCCACAGGCAGCCUCCCUGGUGACGCCCCUGCCUCCAGCCCAUCCGGAGACCCGAGCUGUGCCUCGCCCCCACAGAAGCGGCCACAGCCCCCGGACUUCAUCGACCCCCUGACUAGCAAGAAGCCCAGGAUCUCGCACUUCACACAGCGAGCACAGCCCGCCCUCAACGGGAAGCUAGGUGCACCCAACGGCCGUGAGGUGCCACUGCCCGCCCCAGGGCUGCCUGCCCGGAUGGACAACCUGACCACUGGCACCCCCCCGCCCCCACGGCUAGAGCCCCCGUGGGCCCACGACCCCCUGGCUGACGUGAGCAAUGACCUGGCCCACAGCAGCCCGGACUGCAGGCGGCAGCAGGUAGCCCCAGACCCAGCUCCCAGCCCGCACCCGGGGCUCCUCCUGCUGACGGACUUGGUCCAGCCCGGCCGGCCCCAUGGGGGUCCCCACAGCAAGUCCAAGAAGAAGUCCAAGAAGCACAAAGACAAGGACCGGACCCCCGAGGACAGGCACCACAUCCUGCUGCCUGCACCCAUACCUGCCCCACACACGGCACCAUCCAGUGCCCCUGGUGUGAAUGGAGAUGGAUGCAGCACCGAUGUCCCCACAUCCACCACAGAGAUGCCGGACUACUUGCUGAAAUACGCCGCCAUCUCCUCCUCCGAGCAGCGCCAGAGCUACAAGAAUGACUUCAAUGCUGAGUACAGCGAGUACCGUGACUUGCAUGCGCGCAUCGAGCAGAUCACGCGCCGCUUCACACAGCUGGAUACCCAGCUGAGGCAGCUGGCCCAGGGCUCUGAGGAGUAUGAGACAACUCGGGGGCAGAUUUUACAGGAAUACCGGAAAAUCAAAAAGACCAACACCAACUACAGCCAGGAGAAGCGGCGCUGCGAGUACCUGCACAGCAAGCUGGCGCACAUCAAGAGGCUCAUUGCCCAGUACGACCAGCGCCAGCUGCAGGCCUGGCCCUAGCGCGGCACCAGGGCCCACCACACCGCUGCAGCCCACUCAAGACUGGCCACCGCUGCCUUUUCUAGUUUUCUACCAAGUCAGCCACUUUGAGCUACUGCUACAGAGACUCCAGUCUAUUUUUGUACAAAAGAGAAUGCAAAUCUUUUCUAAACCUGUGCCUCCCUCCUUGGGUGCCAGGCCCGGCGCCACUGGCCCUUCUGCAGUAUUACAGCCUUGGUCCUGACCCAGGCCCAGCCGGAACCAGCAGCUGCUCGGGGCCCAUUCGCGUGGUCUGCUCUGUGGGGCCUCAGUCAUGGGGUGGCUUAACAGGAGCCUGCAGGCCUCACCCCCAACUCCUGUCCAUUUCACAGUGGCCAGGCCACGGCCUCCCUUCUGCCGAUUCCAUUCUGCCCCCAUCCAUGUGUGGGUUGCGGAUGUUCCAGUGGAGUCAUUACAGGCCUUGCACUCAGGGAGAGGUUGGGGGCCCUGGGGUGGGGGUCUUGCCUGCUCUCUCUAGGGUGCAGGCGCCACAACACCCCAGUUGCUGCUUUGUUGCUGUGCCUAUUCCCCAUGUGCGUGCGUGUGUGUGUGUCUGUGUGUCUGUGUGCAGGUGGACCCUCCCUGAGCAUGGUUGGGAGCGUGUCCUGCUCAGGGCCCAGCCAGGACAGGAAUGCAGUGGGGUCACAUCAGCCAGGCUGCAGUCCCGGGGAGUGCAGCAGAUGCAACCAGCACUGUUUUUCUAACCUGCGGGCAUGGGGGCGGCAUCCUCCCCAUCUGGCCACGCAGCUGGGAAGGUCAGCAGCCCUCCCUCUGGGGGCCCAGCUUGUUGGCGGAGAGCCAGGGAGCCCCCACUGGCUUCUCCAUUGUCUGUCUUCUGUCAUGUCUGUCCAUCCACCGGUGACGCCCGGCCGGUACUGCUCUAACUUAUUUAGACUGUGAAGAAACCCCUUUGAGCCAUGACGUCGGGGGUCCAGAGCCUUCACUUUGCCAAAUGUUACGGUGGAGAGCCGUGGGCACCGUCGCUUCCCCGGGGCUUCUCCAGAGAUCAGCUACAAUAAAGCACCUGGACGCUG